GUCAAAAUAACCAACGCUCAAGAAAAAUUCAUAGAAAAUCGAUUAUAGUUUUGAUAUUGACAAAUUGUGAACUUUGUGAAAAAUAAUUAUAAAAUAUAGUAAUUGUGAAGCAGUGAAAUUAUGAAUAAUCAACUUACGCGCAAUAAUUUGCAAGAAUUUUGUCGAACCUGCUUAAGCAGUUUGCAAAAACGUCGCAGACGUGAGAAGGAGGAUACGCCUACUAGUUUUCACCAGCUGAAGGUUAAGGUUAAUCAAGGAGAUAACGAAAAUGAUUCUGAAACAAAUCAUAGUUAUAAUCUUAGUUUGCUACCGCAAUUGCAAAAAUUAUUCAUGUUAUUUACUUCCUUGGAAAUAUCGGAGGAUAGUGAUGAAGAUGCUUACCCACGAAGUCUCUGUCAACUAUGCUAUGAAAAAAUGAUUGAUUUCCAAGAGUUUCGAAACUUGGCCAUUAAUUCUGCGGAAGUCUUAUACAAAAUUGUUAAUAGUUUGGAUGAUGAAAUGUCCAAAACUUCUGCUGAAACACCAACGUUUCAAACAAUUGAAAUUACCAAAGAGAUAAAAACGGAGACUGUAGUAAGGGAAAGAAGCUAUCAAUUCAAUGAUGAUGAUGAUGAUGAUCAGUUGCUUUUACCAGAACUAGCUCCAUUGAUGGAACGACCAAUUAAAACAGAACCGGAAAACUAUUAUAAGUCAGAGUCUGAAACUAUAUUACCAAAUGAUGAUAAUUCGGAAAAUUCAUCGAAUAUUGUUGUAAAGCAUGAAAUUGAUUCGGAAUACGAGGAAGAUAAUUCCCUAUUCUAUGAACGUAAUGCAUUAAGCGCAGCAGAUAACUCUAUUAGCGAUGAUGCAGAUGAUGAGGAACAUGCUUUGAGGAAUGGCGCGGCCAAUACGUCCAGUAUGUCUCUUAAUAAUUCACCAAUAACUGUAGGAGGAAGACAAAGGUUUAGUGCAUCCUCCCGUAAACGUGACCGCAACAAAAAGUCAUUAAAGUGUCCUCGUUGUGAUAAACAAGUCUAUAAAAAAGUGUACCUGGACGCUCACAUUCGGGCCGUGCAUGAAGGAUUUGAGAAGCCGUUUCUUUGUUUGGAAUGUCAGAAGGACUUCACACGCUACGAACAUCUACAUACGCAUAUUCAAUCUAAGCAUUUAAUCAAACAAAGAUUUAUAUGUGGUUUAAAUGGCUGCGACGCCGUUUUUAAGUUGAGCAAUACCUUGGAGACUCAUCGACAAGUCGUACAUACAGCUACGUUUUCAUACGGCCUACAGGAUAUGUUAGAACUUCACCAAGCCCAACUGAAUGAAGAAGUAGAGAUAAAUCAUAUUUGUCAACACUGUUUCAAGACAUACAGCUCAAAGCGUGCACUCUCCGAACAUUUGAAACGACAUGCCCAAAUCAAGGAUCACGUUUGUAAAGUAUGUGGCGUUGCCAAAGUAACGCGCACGGAGUUAUUAACGCAUAUGCGUAUACAUAAACCGAAUCUGGAGAAAUUCAAGUGCAGCAUUUGUCCGCAGGAAUUCAACCAUAAGAAUGCUAUAUCUCGCCAUGUGCGUGUCGUACACGAGGGCCAAAGACGCUUUCCAUGCAGUUUUUGUCCCAAACGUUUUGGUACACGUAAUUCGCAAGUAUGCCAUGAACGUCUACACACUGGCGAACGUCCGUUCAAUUGUGAACUCUGUCACAAGCGGUACGCCCAAGUGGAAGGCCUCAAAUCCCAUAUGAAAAGUCAUGAUAAGAACUUGCGCACACAUGUGUGCUCGUUUUGUUCGCAACGUUUUAUAACAAGAAAAAAUCUAAUUGAUCACGAAAAGCGUCACCAAAGUGAUAAACCCCAUAUAUGUAACACCUGUAGUCGUGGCUUCUUUUCAAUUGAAGAUCUGGGUGUGCAUAAACAGUCGCAUACGGAAGAAGAAUUGCGUGAGAUGGCGCGUAAUGAAUAUGAGUUGUAUCAAGACGCUGGCGAUAGUCUUGGAGAACACGUAAUGGAAACCGAAUCAAUUAACGAACAAGGCAGCCAGGCUUAUAUGGGCUAUAGUAGUUCGCAGAGUAGCAACUGAAUUGCAGACAGAUCGUUUGCACUAAAUGAUUUCGCUUGAACGGAUUAAUAUGGCAAUUAUUUUGCAAGCACUCUUGAAUAUUUAUGGAUGUGUAAUUUUUACCACCACUUGCAUAAACUAGCUUAGAAAAUGUACAUACGUAUUCACAAACAUGAAUUGGCUACAUUAAUUUAAAUACAAAUAUAUUUAUUAAAUUAUAAAA